CAGGACCUUUCUACAUAUCCCCAAGCCGCUCUAUACCUGCCUGUGUCCCGAGGGUCCUCUCUGUCCCAGGCUCCAAGCCUGGCCAUCCCCAAGAGCAACCCACUGCCACCUCCUCCGAGGAGCCUGCCCUGAUGCCCAGCAGCCUGGCCGCCACGUGUGACCUCAGCCCCCGCAAAGGCAGCGGGAUGGAGUCUGUGCUCGGCCCGAGUCCUCGCUGCUCACAUCUAGUGGCCACAUCGAGCUACACGGCCAAGCCUGCUGGCAAAGGGACAGGCUGGGACAGGCUGGGGGAUGGCAGCAUCUCGGGUGGUGAUUCCCCCUGCCUCCCUGGAGCCCCAGAGGGAGGGGCCCUGAGAGCACAGCGAAGUCCGGGGGAAGGUCUCUCGGGGAGGCAGCUGGAAGGCCCCAUGGCUGGAGGUGGAGGGGGCCGGCCAGGUGCGGUGGGGAGGGAUUCGGGCUGGGGACAAGGACAUCUCUGGCCCGAGAGGUGGCCUGACCCUGUUCCGGUGUCCUUGGCUACGUACCUGGGGAGUCAGCCCAUCAGCCGGGUCGCUGUGCAGGUCCGUUUCCUGAGGAAUGAGAGUUUCCUGGCUGCCGAGAGAAUGGAAAGCACGUCAGGACCCAAAUGGUGUGUGGCAGAGGUGGCGUGCCCCCUCCCCACCGGAGGAGCCAGCCCCCACCCAGCGCCCUGCAGAGCCAGUGGGGCUGCCAUGGGGCCGCAGGGAGAUGGGAAGUGUGUGCACAGAGGACGCAUUCAUGCGCUUCCCAAACCCGGGACAACGCUCUGAGGUCUGCAGAGAGAAGCCUCGUGCCAAGCCCGGCUCCACGGGCCCUCUGCCCCAGCCCUGCUGGGCAAGCACCGGAGGCGGAUUCCUGUGUUUCCUUCCAGAG